AUGAUUUUCAAGGCGAAACUCAAUUGCGCCGGGCUUUUUGCCCUCUCGAACCUGCUGCCAGUCCAGGCUAUCCCGAGAGAAUACACUCCAACAACUACCUUUUCUGCCGCUGAAACUGUGACUCCAGCUGUGGUGACUCAAAGCAAUGUUACCUCUCAUGGCCCCUAUACCGGACCGCCAGCAACUACCACCGGUGCACUCUCAACUUCGGUCUUAGCCUCUGCUAUACGCCCUCGUCCUCCUGCUCCGGGGUCAUUCAAUUACACAGCUGAUGGCAAGCUUCAUGGCCCCGAGCCUGCGCCGUUUACUCCCAACGGCGGCAUCGGGACUAAUGGUUCUGCUCCAGUAUACCGAGUCCAAAGUGACUACGACUAUCAGUCACUCGCCUUGGCUCUCUACCAGGAAUGGAUAGAACUCGACUUGUUUCACUGGGGUUUAAAGAAUUUCACGGCCAAACAGUUUGAGGCGAACGGGAUCAAUGCCAAGGACAGGUUCCUCAUUGAGUACAUGGCCGACCAGGAGAUUGGACAUGCCACUGUUCUCACCAACAUGCUCGGUCCCCAGGCACCUAAGCAGUGUACUUACAACUAUCCUGUUUCCAAUGUCCGGGAAUUCAUCGAUUUUAAUCAAAAACUUACACGGUGGGGAGAAGCGGGUGUUUACGGCUUUCUACCGCACUUGAACUCGGGGCCGGCUGCCCAGUUACUGCUCCAGAGCAUCACGAUUGAAGCUCGCCAGCAACUCAUCUUUCGUCAGUUCGGCGGGCAGUUCCCCAUGCCGGAAUGGCAUACACCUGGAAUACCCCAGAGCUGGGCAUGGUCUCUGUUAGCGCCAUACAUCUCAAGUUGCCCAUUAAACCAGACAAGACUGGUGUGGCAGAACUUCCCAGCGCUGUAUAUCCUCAAUCAGCCCAAUCCAGCUCGCAUCAAUGCCUCUGCCGCUUUCAACGAGACGACUGGCGCAAUCACCCAAAAUCGCAGCAUCCCUCUUUCAUAUCCGGGCCGCCAGGUUUUCUUGCGCUGGGACAACCCGGGGCGGUUGGUUGGACCAAACAACAGCUAUGUGACUUCUACCACGGUGAGACGGCCCAGAUUUGCGGCUUGGGUAUCGCAACUGAACGUCACAUACUCGCCACUACUCAACGUGAGCAGACGAGGCAAUACGGCGUUCACGUUCCAACCCAAUGUGUCGACAUGGGAUCAUGAUCCGGCCAUCAAUGGGACAAUGUUCCUCGCACUGACGGAUACAAACCUCCCUGUCACGCCAUACAACUUGAGUCUUAUCAAUCCUCAUGUCGCCGCUCUUGCGGUGUAUCAGGCCGGUUAG